GAGUGAACAGAAAAGAAUGUGAUAUCAAAGUGUCAACAGACCUUAGGAGGCCAUUUUAGUUGAACCUGUUUGCUCAACCUUCUAGAUGAUGGAGGGAAAAUUGGUCGUCUUGAUCUGUGUCUUGGCAGCUGCUGCCAAUGUUGCCAGCCCUUUCAAUGUAAAACUGUUCCAUGACCGUCCCGGAUUGAGGCUCGCCAUCUCAGAGACGGCUACUAUGAAGUGCUGUUACUCCACGAUGAAUGAAGUGAACAUUAAAUGGGAGCAGACAGUCAUGAAUUUUUUUAAUACGACUGAAUCGGUUACUGUGAACGACAAAUUUUACCGAGUGAAAAUUAAAAACGAAAGUAAAACAAAACGGGAGAGUAAUUAUAUGUGCUCUAUUCUGAUCCUUGAUGACAUCAAGGUGAAUGAUUCAGGCCUGUAUCAAUGUUCUCUAAAAGAAAAAAACAAAAACAGCAACAUCACAUUUUAUACACCAGGCACCUUUUUACAAGUAUAUGAGCCCAUAAAAAUGAUCCUGGGAAUCAGUGAGGCGAGUAAGAACAGCAUCAUCACUGCUGAAGGGGUUUUCCUGCUGCUGUUUGUGCUACUUCCUGGCACCGCUCUUAUCUGCAAGUCAAAGGGCUUGAAUGAGCUGGAGAAAAGAAAGGGCAAGGAGGAGGAAAAUAUUUAUGAGGGCCUGAACCUAGAUGACUGCAAUUCUACAUAUCAUCAAAUUCAGCGUUCUCUCGUCCAAGGCCCUUACCAGGAUGUGAUCAACAAUGACGAAGACGACAUUCAGCUGGAGAAGCCCUGAAUGUGAGGCUGUGAGCAGGCAGGGUCCAUGUGAUACCAACUCAUAGUGUAACUUUAUUGCUUUUGUUUGCUUUGUCUGACGUAAAUUAGGGGUGUAACAAAAUAUAAGUACCGUACAUUAUUCUGAUGAUGCAUCCUGAAUGAACACAGAUAUAAAAACAGGUGGAGUAUUCACUUAAAAAAGCGAGGGAAAAAGUUUCCCAGUUUCAGAACCACGAUUUUGAUUUUGAUUUUACUUUAUUAUUGGGCUUUAAUGACCAGCUUGCUAAAGACCAUGACGAACGUUGCCAGGUUUCUGCAAAGAGAUUAACCCAAGAGCAAUGCAGAACCCCACAAAUACAAAUGAAAUGUUGGAGGAAACAGGUUAAUGAUAUAUGAGAAGUGUUCAAUUCAAACCGGAACUUUGGGGAUCGUGCAGAAUAACACAACACAGUUAAAACUACCUUCAUUUCCCUUUAUUAUCCCCUACUACACGUAUCCCAGUGUUUCACUAGUGCUUGAAUACCAUCAAGGUAGAAAGUUCUUUCAGUACACCAGAGCCCUGAUCUGACUGCCUGCUUCACAUCUGAAACGCUGGCCUCCCAGGAACUCCUUCAAUGGCCCAAACAUGUGGAAAUGGCUGAGACAGUACAGGGAUGUUGCAAUAACUCCCAGUCGAGAUCCUGUAAAGUGCAGGUGGUGUUUAUGAAUGUUUGUGUGUACAGUUCCCACAGACAGAGUGCAAGAUGGUGACAAGUCUUCUGUCAGCCUUCAAGGUUCAGAUAUUCCACUAGCUUCUAGUCAUCUCAGUCUAGAUCGUCAUUCAGCCUUGUGAAAAAACAUUUCCAACAUUUAAAUAUUUUGCUGCAGCUAAAAGUCUCAUCACUGUACUGUGCUUGACAUCUUUUGUAAUUGUCAGUGAAUUUUAUGCCUUCAUUCAUAAGAAAUUUCAUCAAUCAAGUCCCGGUUUGACUUGAACGUCCCUCAUAUAUCUGCAAUAUGUGGAACAUUAUACAUUCAACCUGGCAACCCUGCCCACCAAAAUGAAAAAGAAAAACUACAACAAGCGAGUUCACUAACUUGGUACUCAUCUGAUAUAAACUAUUUCAUUGUAGCUCGACUGCAUUAAAGAAAUCUGCUUGUUAUUUUAAGUCUGUACGCCGUACAUGCCAUGCACAGGGUAGAAUACCUAAUUUCAUAUUAAUUUGACCAUUAUAUACUAGAUUAUGUGUUUUUUCAACUAAUUAAAAAUAGAUGUGGGAUCAGGUGGACAUCUAGACUGGUUGUUUAAAAAGUUCCAUGCAGGGAUUUAUAAUUAUUAUUUACCAUAAAAGAGAUGUGGUGUAGUGGUUAGCACUGUCGCCUUGCACCUUCAGGGUCCGGAUUCGAUUCCCGUCACUGUGUGCAUGGAGUUUGCAUGUUCUUCCCGUGCUUGGUGGGUUUCCUCUGGGUACUCUGGUUUUCUCCCACUUGUGAAAUAU